CCAUCCCCUUCUCUAGCUUUGCCACAUAUUAUUCGCUUUGCUUCGCCCUCCCUAAUACCCUCCUAAGAGGAGAAGGAACUUAUUCCUUAUCAAGGCAUGACUUCUACGUACCAUUUUCCUAUAAGACCAUUUCCCCCUUCCUCCUUCCAUCCUUCACAGUCAUGGAGGACUGGAACAUGCUUGCCGCAGAUUGUGUCGUCAUAUCCUGCUGCUGCCAAUGCUUGAUACUGCAAAUCAUCAUCUUCAUCUUGCUCAAACUUCCUUGCAAACUCAUUCGGAAGACUAAAGAAUAUGCCAAGAAAAAGCUUCGAACUCGGGAUAAAAAGCAAGCAGAGAAGAGAACAGAAUCAGUGAAGAGUAGAUUUCAGGAUGAGUUUGUGGAAUUCCAUGAAGGGUCUAUAGCAAUUCAAAUAGAAGAGUUGCACAGAGGCUAUGGUUUUGAGAGUUGUAUCGAGGAAGUUGAGAGGGUGCUAGGAGAUUUCUCCCAGAAGGGAGAGUUUGCAUUUGGAAGCUUCUGGGGUAGGCAAGGAUUAGGGGCUUCCUCAACAUGUGUAGCUAAACAGGAAGUUGAUUUAAGCCUUGUACAGUUUGAAAUAGUUGAAAUAGACAAUUCUUUCAGAUGCUCAAAAUGAUCGACUUAUUAAGUUCUAUUGCCAGCUUAAUUAUUUGAACACAUUGGUUGCCACAUUUGAUCAGAAAUUUGAUUUGGGUUAAAAAAAAAGAUGUUGUUUUUGUAGGCAUAUCUAAGGAAAUGGAAUCCAGAUACACGUCUAUCUUAACAUGUCAUCAUCUUGCAAGUACCUAGCAGUUGCAGAGACCAUAUCAAAACGUACUAUAUAUGGGUUUUUUUUCUUGGAAGGUUCAAAUUCUGCAUGACGUAUGAAUAAUGAAUUUUCCAAGAAGGGCACAUAUGAGAAUUGCUUUUUUUUUUUUUUAAUUUUCUACUUUUUAAACACUUGGCUGUACAUGAAAAAUGGAAUUUUCAAAAUUGAAUUCGAUGAAAUUAAUAAUAUUGGAUCGUCAAAU